AUUAAAGUCUGCAUCCACCCAUGAAAAAAAACAUUUCCUUUUAGUGUAGGAACACAAGAAAUGAAUCAGUGUUAGAGAGAGAGAGAGAGAGAGAGGAAGAGACUGUAUGUCACUGGUUUUUAGAAAACCACGUUCUCUACCAUUCAUCUUUUGAAGCUUCUGAGAAGAAGAUGGAUUCUUCCUCUCUGACAUUCUUUUUCUUCACUUUUCUUUGUAGCCUCUUACUCUUUAAUGGUAUGGGAAUUACUGCAUUUGAAGAAGGGAGUGAGAGAGUAGAUAUAGAGAUUCAGAAGGUUUCAGGUGUAGAUGAUAAUGAGAGAAUGGGAGUUUUGGAGAGAUUCAGGUUUUUGUUUGGGUUGGGAGUGCCUGAAACUGGAAAUUCUGGCCAUGUGAGACGUGGCUUUUCCCCAGCUCCAUCACCAAUGGAGGCCGCUCCUCCUAAAGUUGCAGAAAGUCCAUCACCAAGACCACCAUUUAAAGCAAAAAGGAAAACCCAUCACCCACAAUUGAGUUCCAGUAGGAUUCAGCCUCAUAGUCUUGAGGUGCCAAGAAAAAGAAAAGAAAAUGGGGCCAGAAUUAGAAGAAUUGUUAUAGCAUUGGUUGUCUCUCUAGGAUCAAGUUUGGCCAUAUUUGCACUGGUAAUUCUCUUCUGCUAUAGGUUUAGAAGAGGCCAUAGGAACCCAAGAUCAGGAAGAGCUCUAAUGGCUUCAUCUGAGAGAUCAAAGAAUAAAAGAAGUUCUAAUCCUAUGAACUCCGUAAAUAAGGUUAGUUUUGAUCCAGGGCCCGAAUUGUUCUUUCUGGACACUUUAGGUUCAUUUGGAGAUCGGGCUUCCUCUGGUUUUAAACGGUCACCUGACCCUGUAAAUGUAUUAACCCACGAAAGAGGAACCCAAGAGAGAGAAAUGCAUGAGAGAAAAAUCCAUGAGAGAGAAUUGAGUUCUCCAUCACAUGAAGACACAUCCAGUAUGGAACAACCAGAGGGUUGUAAGUUCAAUGAUAAUCAUGACCCUUUAAUCGUGAACGAGAUCCUUCCGAUGGAAUCCUUACCAUCUGAUGAUGAAUCAUUCCAUUCUGUCUGUGAAUCUCAUCCGUCUGAUCGAUGUUUUCCAAGAAAUGUAGAGGUUAAUUCAGCAGCAUCAUCUUCAUUUUCAUCUCCUAGGCAUCCUUCUUCCUUAUCUGUGACACCAAGGCCUUCACCUCCCUCUUCUCCAACUCUCUCAAAGAAAACCCAGUCAGAACCAUUCGUUUGUUUGCCCAAAGUGAAUCCUGUGCACAAGUUCCUCGAACCCAAUUCAUCAGAGACAUGUAAAGUCCUGGACCUGACUCCUGCAAAUUCUUCAAAAAAACCCAUAUUGCCUGAUGCUGUGACAACCGAAAUUACUCCACCUUCAUCUAUCUUAAUUCCAGAUGAAUCUCUCUCUGAACCACUGAAACGAGAGAUCAGCUCUUCAAUAAUCAUAGAGUCUUCGCCUUCCUUUUCUCACUCCAACUCCAAGGAAACUCCACAAUCUCCUGCCGUUUCAUCUUCGGUUGAUCUGAACUUUUCAUCCUCUUCACCUCUUUCUUCACCCUCUCAAUCUAUUGAGCAAACACCAACACCCCACCCCCUGAAUCAAAAUUCUCCUCCUUCCCAUUCUCACUCUAAAUCUAAUGUACCUCCCCCAUUUACUCAAAGUUUAAGCCCUUCUUCCAUGUCAUCUUUUUCUUCUCCCACAAAAUCUUUCGGACAGAAACAGAGCACCGCAACUCCUCCUAAACCUCCUCCCCCACCUCUGCCACCUCGGUUCAUCCCUCCAAUAAAGAAGGGAAACAAUCCACCUCCUCCUUGUCCACCGCUGCAAUUCACACCUCUAGGGAAGGAUGGAAUUCCAUUGCCAAAGCUUAAGCCUCUCCACUGGGACAAGGUUCGAGCACCUACAGAUCGUUCCAUGGUUUGGGAUAGGCUGAAACCUGGCUCGUUUGAGUUGGAUGAAGAAAUGAUGGAGUCUCUCUUUGGGUACAAUCUGCAAAGUGCAGUAAGGAAUGAAGAAGGAAAGAACAAAAGCUCAUCACCCAACAAGCAUGUUUUGGAUCCAAAGAGACUACAGAAUAUAACGAUCCUCUCAAAGGCUUUGAAUGCAUCCCCAGAAGAAGCGUGCAAUGCUCUAAUACAAGGGGACGGCUUAUUGGCUGAGCAUUUAGUGGCAAUGGCAAAAAUGGCACCUACAAAGGAAGAAGAAGAGAAAAUUUUGAACUACAAAGGCGAUGUGAGCAAUCUGAGUGUGGCUGAGAAGUUUGUCAAAGCAAUUGUAAAUGUACCUUCUGCAUUUGCUAGAAUUGAAGCAAUGCUGUACAGGGAAACCUUUGAAGAUGAAGUAGUGUACCUCACGAAAUCCUUUGCUAUGUUGGAGGAGGCCUGCAAAGAGCUGAGAUCAAGCCACCUCUUCUUGAAACUACUUGAAGCAGUGCUCAAGACAGGAAACCGAAUGAAUGUUGGGACAAUUCGUGGGGGAGCAAAAGCUUUCAAGCUUGAUGCCCUUCUCAAGCUCGCAGAUAUAAAAGGAACAGAUGGGAAGACCACCCUUCUUCAUUUUGUGGUUCUAGAAAUGACAAAGUCAGGAGGCCUCAACAAGAUGACAGAGAAUAAUGACUUGGAGAGAGAGAAUGGUUGUGAAGAAAAUGAGGAUGAUCAGAGAAGUAUUUUGGGCCUUGACCUCAUCUCAGGCCUGAGCACUGAGCUUUGCAAUGUGAAGAAGACAGCGGGUAUAGACUUGGAUGCUUUGGCAAGCUCCGUUUCGAAGCUCUCCGAAGGAAUGCAGAAACUAAAGCAACUCACAAUGUCUAUGGAAGAGAGAAGUUCUAGAUUUGUCGAAUCAAUGAGUUCCUUCAUGGGUCAUGCUGAAAUUAAGAUUAAGGAGUUGAAGGAAUGUGAAGAUAGGGUCAUGUCUCUAGUGAGAGAAAUCACAGAGUAUUUUCACGGGGAUUUGGGGAGGGAUGAGACGAACCCUCUUCGGAUAUUUGUCAUUGUGAGGGAUUUUCUGGGUACACUGGAUCAUGUGUGCAAGGAAGUCAAAAGCUCAAAGCAUUAUAACCAGAAGAGUCGAUAUGCUGCAACACCCUUUAAGCUGAUCUCUAAAUCUGGCCCAGUGAGAAACUGUAAGGGAACCGAAGUUUGAGACUGUAGUUUCUUGUUUGUAUAAAACCCAACAUAUUCUGACUUUGGUUUGUAUCAUUAUUGAUUUUGGUCUGUCUAUUUUCACAAUUGGCUCAACAUCCAAUACAAUUUGAUUGCCAU